UAUCUUGCUCAUUGUUUAGUCAAACCAAGCUGCAAGGAUACCGCUGAAGACCUGAAGACCAGAAAGGACAUUUUUAUUGAGGUUCAGUUUUUGGGUGGGAGACACAGUUGUGUGUUUUUCAACCAGUUUUAAUGGUGCGUAAAGGGAUGCUCUAAGUCGGGUCUCUGGAGCUCUCACCUGUAGUCAAGGAAGCUGUGAAAGACGUUUUAGUUUUGUUUCAAAACGAAUAUUUUGUGACAGAAGGGUUCUUUCGCAGUAUGUCACUGGAAUACGCCAUUCUUGUUCACUAAAUGGACUAUUGAAUACCUGUUACUUAUUUGGUUAUAUAUUUUCAACAAUACGUUGUUUUUUUUGUCAUAUGUCUAGCAAUUAAAAUAUAUUAACUGUGAAAUAUCACAACUUUGUUACUCAAAUUAGACAGUCGCGUUAAUAACGGUCAAUACGAGAUAAAAAAGCUGUUAUCUCAUGUUUUUGUUGUCGUUGCCCGCAGUGCAAACGAGGCAUUUUUCGUAUUUUAUCAACUGAUUAGGUAGGCGAACUUGUUGCAAUUUCCUUUCCACAGGUAGUGCGCCAGUGCAACAUUCUAACAGCAAAUACAUUGGUAUUCUGGACAACAUGAGAAUACAGGUUUAAAAACAAGUUUACAUGACGUGUAACUGCACUGAUUUAUUGUUAUAUAAAUGAACUAUUUGCGGCAGUGCGUUGCCCAUAACAUCUGAAGGCUCGAUUCGAGGUGUUGAAUAGGCUACACCAGAAUACUGCAACAAGUAAACAAUUACUUGUAUCUACUCAUCUUCGACACUUUUGGGCGAAGUGCUGUGAAGUGUGCUGUGUGGUCUUACCGCGCACGUCCACUCUUUAGCUAUCAAUUUAGAGCGACCACAGGCACAGGCACAGGCACAGCUGCAGCAGCAAGUGUCACAGCGAGGACUGAACAACUCUAUCACCAAAAUGACGAACGGACCAAGGCAACGGGGCAGCGCAGCGGCGUCUGGCGGGGAUGCUGUCUCCGAGUCCGGGAAGGAGUCAGGAGGGGUGGCUCUGAAGAAAGAGAUCGGCCUUGUGAGCGCCUGCGGAAUUAUUGUUGGUAACAUCAUUGGGUCGGGGAUAUUCGUCAGCCCUAAGGGUGUGAUGGAGAACGCCAGUUCAGUGGGUCUGGCGCUGAUUGUGUGGAUCGUCACUGGCAUCAUCACGGCCAUCGGGGCGCUGUGCUACGCCGAGCUGGGUGUCACCAUCCCCAAGUCAGGGGGAGACUACGCAUACGUCAAGGACAUCUUCGGAGGACUGGCAGGGUUCCUGCGUCUGUGGAUCGCAGUGCUGGUGAUCUACCCCACCAACCAGGCGGUGAUCGCCCUCACCUUCUCCAACUAUGUCCUACAGCCCCUCUUUGUUGUUGACAUGGGUGAACUGCUCCAGUGUGCGAUGGGCCACCAGAGUCCAGGACAUCUUCACAGCUGGCAAGCUGCUGGCCCUGGCUCUCAUCAUUAUCAUGGGCAUCGUGCAGAUCUGCAAGGGAGAGUACUAUUGGCUGGAGCCAGCGAAUGCCUUCGAGCCCUUCCAGGAGUACGACGUGGGACUGAUAGCCCUGGCCUUUCUACAAGGCUCCUUCGCCUACGGGGGAUGGAACUUCCUCAACUACGUCACUGAGGAGCUGGUCGACCCCUAUGUGAAUCUUCCUCGCGCCAUCUUCAUCUCCAUCCCCUUGGUGACGUUCGUCUACGUAUUCGCUAACAUCGCCUACGUCACUGCCAUGAGUCCUCAGGAGCUGCUGGCCUCCAACGCUGUUGCCGUGACAUUUGGUGAGAAGCUGCUGGGAGUGAUGUCAUGGAUCAUGCCCAUCUCUGUAGCUCUGUCCACCUUCGGAGGGGUUAACGGAUCCCUCUUCACCUCCUCACGGUUGUUCUUUGCUGGAGCCAGAGAGGGCCACCUCCCCAGUCUUCUGGCUAUGAUCCAUGUGAAGCGCUGCACCCCCAUCCCUGCUCUGCUCUUCACUUGUCUGUCCACCCUGCUGAUGCUGUGCACCAGUGACAUGUACACCCUCAUCAACUACGUGGGCUUUAUCAACUACCUCUUCUACGGGGUCACUGUUGCCGGGCAGAUUGUGCUGCGCAUCAAGCAACCCGACAUGCACAGACCAAUCAGGAUCAGUCUGGCAUGGCCUGUGAUCUAUCUGUUGUUCUGGGCCUUCCUGCUCAUCUUCUCCCUGUACUCUGAGCCCGUGGUGUGUGGCCUCGGUAUGGCUAUCAUGUUGACUGGAGUACCUGUCUACUUCCUGGGUGUCUACUGGGACAACAAGCCCGCGUGCUUCAACACAUUCGUUGCCAAGAUGACCUACCUGGGCCAGAAGUUCUGUGUGGUGGUGUAUCCAGGGGAGACGAAGGGAGGCGAGGAGGCAGGGAGCGGGGAGGAGUGCGAGCAACUGAAGGAGUCGCGGGCUCCUCUCUCGCAGGAGGACGGCGAGACACAAAAGUCUGCAGACUGCUGAACACACACCUUGACUAACCCCCCAACGCCUCAACAUACACACACAGACACACACAAACUCAGAGAAACACACUCUCGUUGAGGUAGUCAAAGUUUCAGGUAUAUCACUAUGGCAGAGGGGAGUUAACACCCACACACUCACAGACUUGAAAACAUUCAGUGACACACACUGUUAUUUUAAUGUGUUCAGAAGUCUGAUUGUAGCUUUGUUUCAAUCACGAAUGCUGUGCCAAAUAGAGAAACGGAGGAGAUGGAGGUGGGAGGGGGUGGGAGGAGGUGGGAAGGAGGAGGAGAUAAACGUUUAGUGGAGAGGGGAGAUUAUAGAACUAUAUCUGGUCAUUACAUGUUAGUGUGCCUCCUUUCGAUGCUGCUUACUGUAGAAGACAUAUCCAACCUGACAUCCUCACAGAUACACACCUCUUUUCAUCCCCUCCUUUUUUGUUUUUUUUACCCACUUGACAAUAAUAAGGAUUCCUCUUUCUCUUCCCCCUCUUCUUUUUAAUCUUCUUCCUCCACACACUCCCUGCACACUUCAUGAGUGAGAGAGUGGCAGCCAUUUUAAAGUACUCGUAGUGUACUGUGGCAGAUUCAUCAUCAAUAUUUCUUGUGUCAGUUUGCAUUUCUUUUUUGACACCUUUUGAAUUUGCCCUAGUCUUACUGAAAACACACCAAAGCUGGAUUUUUUUGAUCGUCAAAAACAUCAAUUUAAUAUCAAUUCAUUUCAUGUUCUAUGUCAAAUACACUAAAUACUGUCUGUGUUUUUUAAUUUUAACAACUGUGAUUCCAAAAUGUAUUUUAUAUCUGUGAUAAUUGUUUAUAUCAUGUGUCAUUGUUAUUAUUUUAGUUUUAUUAUGUUAGUUUUAGUGUGUGUUUUUUUUUCUAUUCAACAUCAUGCAACAGCGGAGGUAUACAUUUAAGAGCCUAUGGGGUUCCGUGCCUGUCAGAUCCUUGCCUGGUACUCUUUUAUCGCUCUAAUUCUGAUAUAUUCUGUACUUAGGUAUUGGUCUAUUUUUGUUAUCAUUGAUGUUGACAGAUUAUUUUAUUCUGAUAUUUUUAAAGAGCUAAGAAAACAUUUAAUGGAAAAGAAUGGAGUGGCCAUUUUGAAUCUUCCACUUUGACUCAGUGACUUCAUUUUACUGGACACCUGAGAAAGAUUUCAUUAAAGACAGACAAUCAACUCUACAGAUGGACCGCCUGCUCCAUGAAAGACUAGCAGUACAGACUGACUACAGUGCUAAACCUUUACAGAUACUAACAAACAGAGAAGUCUUGAAAAAUAUAAGGGUAGGCUAGCAGACUCUGAAGAGCAUUUUGAGUAGGGUUCUCCGCAAUAUUGACCAGACAUGCACAAACUCACAUGCACACAAACACACGUGAACCUCCGCGGAGAGAAUUGACACAAGUUUAAUCAUGUGUAGCUAAGCGUACUGUAAUGUUGUGAAUGAGGCCAACCAGUAGUGUUCCUGUGUUUUAAUGUCAAUGUCUAUCAUGAGGUUAAUUCAGUAUUUUUGUAAAUUAAAACAGAUCUAUAAAUCCACUCUA